AUGGAGUCAGAGUCGUCGCGUAUAUUCGUCAGGGGCUUGCCUCCCACUAUGAAUGAAGCCGAAUUUAGAAAGCACUUUGGCAGCAAAUACGAAGUGACUGAUGCCAGACUCUUUCCUCAACGCCGAAUUGGUUAUGUCGGAUACAAAUCGCCUGAAGACGCUCAAAAGGCUGUCAAGUACUUCAACCGUACUUUCAUUCGCAUGUCCAAGAUCGGCGUUGAGCUGGCCAGGCCGAUUGGUGAGGCUCCUACAAGAAGGCAAGGUCAAUCAUCACAACACCCGUUGGCUAUGGCCAAGAUGCCCGCACACAAUGCGAAUGCCGAGCCCAUCGUAGCCAAUCUCAAAAGGAAACGUGCCACGCCCGAGCCUGAAGUGAAGGAGAAAGACCCGAAACUGAGCGAGUUUUUAAACGCCAUGCAAGCUCCAUCGAAGCUUCGCGGCACUCGUGGUGAGGAGGUCAACAUCGCUGCACAAGAGCUAGACACCAAGGUUGUGGUCCCUGAGGCCGACAGUGAUUCAGAGUAUGAGAGCGUGCCCAAGAAGCAGAAGAGCGCUACCGCUACAAGCCGACCAUCACACACUGUCGCUGCCUCACCGAGUCCCGAGCCUGCCCUUCAACCCGAGCCUGCCGCAAAGGAAGAGGAGUUCGAAGGCUUCGAAGACGAAGCCACCCAACCAAUGGACGAUGUCGAAGAGAAAGUACGAGCAAGUCAGCGUCUCUAUCUACGAAACCUAUCCUACGCCACACGAGAAGACGACUUACGGACCGCCUUUGCCGGAUUUGGCAAUCUUGAAGAGGUUCACGUACCGAUCGAUCCCAAGACUGGAUCUACGAAAGGUUUCGCAUACCUCCAUUUCGCCACUGGUGACAGUGCUCUGCAAGCCUUGCGCGAUAUGGACGGCAAAGUGUUCCAGGGUCGACUACUACAUAUUCUUCCUGCUGCUGCCAAGCGCGAGGAUAAGCUCGACGACUUUGCUCUGUCGAAGCUCCCACUCAAGAAACAGCAAGCCAUCAAGCGCAAGCGCGAGGCUGCAUCUGCAACUUUCAACUGGAACUCUCUCUACAUGAACGCCGAUGCCGUUAUGUCUUCUGUUGCUGACCGUCUCGGUGUUUCGAAGUCUGAGCUGCUUGACCCUACUUCUUCCGAUGCAGCCGUCAAGCAGGCCCACGCCGAAACUCAUGUCAUCCAGGAGACGAAGUCAUACUUCAAGGAGAAUGGUGUCGACAUGGAUGCUUUCAAGAAGCGGGAACGGGGCGACACUGCCAUCUUGGUAAAGAACUUCCCAUACGAGACCAAAGCCAGCGAGUUGAAGGAGUUGUUCGAACAACAUGGCAAGAUCAAGCGCUUCUUGAUGCCUCCUUCGGGCACUAUUGCCAUCGUCGAGUUCGAGCAUGCCCCCGAAGCUCGUGCUGCCUUUGCAUCUUUGGCUUAUCGCAAGAUACACACUUCUGUCCUUUUCCUGGAGAAAGCGCCCAAAGAGCUUUUCCAGGCAACAGCACCACUCACGGACAGCACCGACAGAGAGACCACACAGGCCGGUCUAGAUGCCAAGGCCUCUGCCAGCGAGCUUCUACAAGAGACUGGCACCGAAGUCUCAGCUGGUACUACCAGCACUCUCUUCGUGAGAAACCUCAAUUUCUCCACCACAACAGAUCGCCUAACAGACAUCUUCCGUCCGUUGUCCGGCUUCUUGACAGCAAGAGUGAAGACGAAGACAGACCCUAAGAAGCCUGGUCAAGUGCUCAGCAUGGGUUUUGGUUUCUUGGAAUUUGCAAGCAAGCAACAAGCUGCAGCUGCCAUUACAGCAAUGGAUGGCUACAGUCUUGACGGUCACAAGCUGCAACUCCGUGCUUCGCACAAGGCUACAGACGCUGCCGAAGAACGUCGCAAAGAGGAUAAGGCCAAGAAGCUCGCUGCCCGGGGAACCAAGAUCAUCAUCAAGAACUUGCCAUUCGAAGCGACCAAGAAGGACGUGCGCGCACUUUUCGCCGCAUAUGGACAGCUUCGCUCCGUCCGUGUCCCGAAGAAAUUCGAUAAAGGAGCUCGUGGUUUCGCUUUCGCUGACUUCACAACACCGAAGGAAGCAGAGAAUGCAAUGGACGCUUUGCGCGACACUCAUUUGCUUGGUCGUAGACUUGUUCUCGACUUUGCUGCCGAGGAUCCCGACGACGCUGAAGCUGAGAUCGAAGCCAUGGCAAAGAAGGCCGGCUCCCAGCUCAACAAAGUCGCCCUGCAAAAACUCACCAGCGGUGGUCGCAAGAAGUUCCGUGUGGGCGACGAUCAAGAUGGUUUGGAAGAGGCGUGA